AAGAGCCAGGGAGGGGCCACAACUAUGAGAGAGUCACCCCUCCCUAGGAGCAAAGUGCCUGAGCCCCAGGGGGCUGAAAAGGCGAGAAGAGAAUGGAAGUAGGAGGAGAAAAGGACAGGCGAGUGACAGCAAGACGAGAGUGACAGAGGACGGGUGCUAUAAACAAGGGCUGAGUCUCACAGGUGGGGGCGUACAGGUGACACCAGGAAGAAACACUGCAGAAGAGCACAAAGCUGUCUGUCUCUUUUACCUUUCAACUUGCAUUUAAAAUUAACCAGUAUUUCAUAACCUCUCAGCCAAGCAUCCUGAAAACCGACACUAACCGAACGCCCUCCGCCUUUACUGCAAGGUAACAGGACACCUGCCUGUGGGGACACGGCCACUUUCACCAUAGUAGUACCUGUUGCACACAUUCCAGAGAGGCUGGUUUGAGAUCCACGCUGGUCAUGGUGGGACACAGGCGAUGACCUCUGCUUUGAUGCAGUGGUGUGCCAGAAAAGGAGCACCAUGCUGUACAGACGGGCGCAAGGCAAGCGGGCACCCAAUGUAUGGGUGCGCCCGCUCCCAGUAAGGAUGCUACAGAAGCAUUUUUGGCUGCUGCUGCUGCUUUCCAUCCUCCUCCUGGGACUAUGGACGGUUUACCUGCAGCUGGCAACCUACCCGGAUGGGAACCCAGUAAAUCGCAGAUACAACAGUUGGAGCGAAUUGGGCAAAGCAUUGGCACACAAUAAUAUCCCACCGGUGGAUCCAAAUUUGGAGUUCUACAAACCUGAACAGCGGCAGCGCUCGAUGCGUGAAAAGGCUUCCUGGAACCUGUCUGUUCCCUGGAGAUCAGAGUUUUCUGGUCAGGUGAAUCUCCAUGUGUUCGAGGAUUGGUGUGGAAGCAGCGUCAAUCAACUACGCCGCAACGUACACUUCCCCCUGUACCCCCACAUUCGUACUACAAUCAACAAGCUUGCUGUCACUCCGCAAUGGACCAACUACGGGCUGCGCAUGUUUGGAUACCUGCACCCUGCUAUAGCCGGAAAUUUCCAAUUUGCCGUGUCUUCAGAUGACAACUCAGAGUUCUGGCUGAGUGAGGACCAUUCGGUGGGAAACCUGCAGCUGCUGUGUAGAGUGGGCCCGUCAGGAAAAGAGUGGACAGCUCCGGGAGAGUUUGGAAAAUAUCAGGAUCAGGUCUCCAAGCCUGUCAGGCUGUCAUCUUCUAGGCGGUAUUACUUUGAACUUUUACACAAGCAAGAUGACUCUGGCACAGACCACGUGGAACUAGCGUGGCGUCAAGCAGUUCCUGGAUCCCACUUUACACUAAUAGAAUCAAAAUUCCUGUCCCUUUUCUCAAAUGAAUCUAACCUUCCCUUGGGGGACACAUCCCAGACCCCAGUGAGCAUAGCGAGUCACCACAGCCAGAGCUCUGACCAACACCCAGCGGAUGUACUGAAACCCGACCCAAGAGACACAUUCUACAAAGUCCCACUUCUGCCUCUGCAACAGCUGCACAGUGUUCUGCCCAGCUGUGUGUAUAGACCCAGCUACCUGGUAGAAGGUUACCCCCUGCAACGAUACCAGGGUCUGCAAUUUGUUCGUCUAAGUUAUGUUUUCCCCAAUGACUACACCCGGUUAAGUCACAUGGAAAAGGAAAAUGAGUGCAUGUACCAGGAGAACACGAGAUAUUCCAGCAGAUUGAAAUAUAACAAAUAUAUGAAGGUCGAACAUCCAAAAUCCAGAUCAUCAAUCGAAAAUCAUCCUGGUUGGUCAGAUGAUUAUAACCCAUCUGAUUUCCAGUAUGUGGACACAGAUUAUCAGAUGGUGGACAAAGGCAAUCAGGAAGACAGGCAGGAGCCGAACGAAGAUGAAAUAAUUAAACAGAGGAAGCUUUUCCUUGUUGCAGAGACUGAGGGAGAAGGACGGCUAAAGCCCCUGAUAUCUGAAAAUCUACAAGACAAAGCACUUUCUUUCUCCAACAACUUAAACACAGCUAAACAAAAUAAUUCAGGCUUGGUUUUCUCAAAUCAUGAUUCUAGUCAGCUACCCAAACUAGAGAGGCAGAGCCAAAAGAUCCUGACUCCUUAUGAUGCAAAACCCCGUAGGCUUAAACGCAGAGAUCUUGCCAAAGUAAAACAUGACUACAACCGGCGUGAAAACAUUUCAGAUGUACAGGAGAGAAACUGGAAAAAGUGGAACAAAAAAACACAGAAAGAAGCAAUAGAGUCAUUAAAUAAUGGCCUGAAAAUCAUACCACACCCUCUAAGACAAAGGAUGACAUCUAUCUUGGAUGCUCCCCUAUUAAACAAAAUAACCUUGGCUAACAAGGAGGGUUACCAAAUGGUUCCACAAAACAGUAGCAAGGGAAACCUUAAGAAGGAAGAAUCUCAAAGAAAAAACAGUAGGCAGUAUACAAAUGUUGAUGACCAAGAACCUAAAGUGGGUAUGGCAAACAAACAAGGUUCUAGGCAGGAAGAUAAUUUAAUUCAAGAGACAAGACAAAUAGAAAUUUUUAACAGGCGGAAGGAGCAAGUCAAAGCUAAACUUACUGGGAACCAGAGCACUGAACCCAAGCUUAUUGUAAACGUUGAUGAUGAUAAUAAGAUUCCAGAGUCUGAGAUCUAUCAGGGGAAGCUGCAUGACUCUGGAAAGGAUGUGAGUAGAAAGCAAAGACCUGAAUUUGAUCAGGAGAAAUUGGAAUGGCAUAGAAGACCCGAGACGGCUCAUUCUAAUGGGCAACUAAAGCAAGAAUCUCAAAAUGAACAUUUUAAUAGAAAUAAAACACAAGAGUUUCAAGAUAUUAAAAGUAGAAGGCAAGACCUCCUAGUAGUCAAGAGAAGACAUCAUGUUUUAACCACAGUUAGCAAGCAGGGAAUUGAAAGUCACAGAAAGCGACAAGGAGCUCCUUUGGUAGCUAAUGCUAAGGAGCUGGGCCUUGAACAUAGAAACGUAAAAAGCCAAAACAAUGAAGCAGUUGUGGAUAAGAACCAAGGGGGAGAACAAGAUGGGGAGCUCGGUGAGCCAGUUCUUGGUGGCUUUAAUAAAGAAAAGUACAAAAAGCCAAAAGAACACAGAAUAGCUGCAGAUUUUGGUGACAGAAAACAAAGUUCAGAAUUGAAUAAUGGUGGCCAAAAACAAAAUGACGGUGAAAAGCAAGAUCCCUUAUGGAAAACAAAUAAUAGACUGCUACUUCCUGUUCCAAAUCUGGGGAGACCCACUGAAGGAAAUCAGGACCCCAACAAUCAAAACCCACAGGAGGAAGAAGGAGAAGCCGAAUACCAGGAAAAUAAUGAAGAAGAUGAAGACGAUGACCAAGAGCUUGAGUACCCCUUUGUGUUUGAACAGCCUGUUUUCUGGAACCAGACUUUCCAUGUGGGUCAAACAGACUUUCAGGUGGUGAGGUCAGAAUACAUUGACCUUCAGUGCAACACUUCAGGAAACCUACAGCUGAAAGAGAACGAAGCUCUAAGCAUAGUUGGGGCUUUCAUGAAACGGCUGAACCAGUGGCAUCGAGGAAUGUACAAACUACAGCGAAUUAUCAACAUUGAAAAACGUUUAGACUACGUUAAAGGGAGCCGCUAUUUCCUAGAACUUGAACUCUCUGAUAGAUCUAACCGUGUCCUAAGAUUUUCUCAGUAUGUGUUCGCUCCAAAUUGGACUGGGCUGACCCAAGAAGAGCGGGAACAAGAAAGAAAAAUGAGGAAUAUGAUGUGGGGGCCACGUCGGAGACUGAUGGCAAGCGAGAAGCUGCCAGAACUGUGCUGGCCGACAGGCCUGGCCUGGAACCCCCGAGCUAUGGUGUACGUUAUAGUACCAGUAAAGAAUCAGGCUCGAUGGGUCCAGAAGUUUAUAGAUGACAUGGAAGCCAUACAUCGCACCACAAUGGAUCCUUACUUCAACGUUAUUAUUGUGGACUUCAGCAGCACUGACUUGGAUGUAGAGGCAGCUCUAAAACAGUCCCAUCUUCCCAGUUACCAGUACGUGAGAUUGGAAGGGAAUUUUGAGCGUUCCUUGGGGCUUCAAGCUGGAGCUGAUUUGGUAAAAAAUCCACACAGCAUCCUCUUCCUGUGUGACCUUCACAUGCAUUUUCCUCCAUCCAUCAUCCACUUAAUACGCACACACACCAUCGAAAGCAAAAUGGUGUACGCUCCCAUGAUCAUGAGACUGAACUGUGGUGCAACUCCAACCUGGCCUGAAGGUUUUUGGGAGGUAAAUGGUUUUGGACUGCUGGGAAUAUACAAGUCGGACCUAGAACGUAUUGGAGGGAUGAACACAGAAGAAUUUCGGGAGCGAUGGGGAGGAGAAGACUGGGAGCUCCUGGACCGGAUACUACAAGCCGGGUUGGAAGUGGAACGUUUGGCAAUUCGAAACUUUUACCACCAUUUCCAUUCCAAGCGCGGCAUGUGGAACAGUCGACAGUCCAGAUAUGUUCGACGUUUCUAAAAAUAUUGCACUGAGAGCAAUUGGCUCUAGGGGUAAUUCUCAGAAGAAUCUCCUGUAUAGGAGAACUUUCUUACAGCAUCAGGAAGCCGCUCCAUGUCCGUGGUGGAGUGUGGUGAUUGGAAUUGUCCCAUUAGCAUGGGACAAUGUCAAGACUCAUUUACCAAAAUGUCUAUUUAUUUGCACUAGCGGUUCCCCCAUCCUGUCUUAGGGGAGGCCACAAAAAUGUGGAUUUCGAUAUAGUUUUUUUAAUCAGGGCUCUUCAGCAUGAUUGAAGAAAUCUGUUGUAAACUGGAGGCUGCCAUCACUGUGUUAUCCUUUGAAAAUUGAUAGUUGCUUUGCUGUCAUGCCGGCCCUCUGUGUUCUGCCUCUGUCGCUUCUCAAGGAACAAUCCCUGUGAAGUAAAAGGUAUAUACUUGCCUGUGGGGAGGUGCACACAGAGUCCGGUUUCAGAAACAGAACUGUAUUAAAGCGAAAGCACAACAAAGCACAACUACCUGGUGGGCGGACAAUCCUAAACGGGCGCACUUACAGAAUGCUGCAGCAAAAAAUGUAUCAGUAGGUCUCAGGUGCACCAACAGCGUCUGUCCCGAGGUUUGGAAUGCGGUCUGGCCAAUCUGGACCCAAACAGAGCGUGUCCCUGCUCUUUCCCUACUUGUCUGGAACCUCUCCCUACUACUAAUGCUGUCCGGGACAGAUGGGUGACCUGUCCCUACACUACACUCUCACGAAAUGUAUGCCAAGCAUGGGAGCCAGGGUCCUAAAUAAACUCUACUUGACCUAGAGUCACAUGGGGCGGCAGCAUCCAAUGGGAUAGCUGACCCCGUGACCCAGGAAACCAUUGAGGAACCAUGUUCCUCUUGACUUGCUCUCCCUCUGCAAUGCCACUGGGGUUGAGCACCCCCUUCAGUGGAGAAAGUAGACAGCACCAGCCUACAUGCCUCUGUUGCUGCCCACACUGCCUAAUACUUAUCUGAUGAGUAAGAAUUAACUUCCAAAGUUUGUUCAGAAACCAACACUUCCAAGAGUGUCAGUUAUCUGAUCCCUGCACUCUGCUAGUGAUUCCUUCCACCAACCCUAGACCUGACACAGUAGCUGCAUGGGCAGGGGCAGGCUGGGGCAGGGGGCAGAGUGGAGAUUUCCCCCCAGGCCACUUUAAUUCUCUGUAAAAGGGCCGCCGUGCGGCCCGCUCAGAACUGCGCAUGUGCAGUUCACGAAACUGGCUGAGUGCUACUGAUCGAGCGGCUCCCACAAGGGGGUUUAACAGGGCUGGAUUUGCGGCUGAAUUGCAGUGAAAGAAUGCAGUGAUCCCUCCAUCCCACGCUGCAGCUGUGAUCCAGCGAUGUGUCCUGUGACAGGGAUGUUAGCUGCAC